GGGAGGAAAAAAUAAGAGCCAUAAGGAGAGGGAGAGAGGGAGGAAGACCGGCUGACACACUUCACAAUAAUGCAAGGUAUCCGACCCCCCAUCCUGAAUGGGCCGAUGCACCCGCGGCCCCUGGUGGCCCUGCUGGAUGGGCGCGACUGCACUGUGGAAAUGCCAAUCCUGAAAGACGUGGCGACGGUGGCCUUCUGUGAUGCUCAGUCCACGCAAGAGAUCCACGAGAAGGUGUUAAAUGAAGCUGUGGCCGCUCUGCUGUACCACACCAUCACUUUAUCCAGAGAUGACUUGGAAAAGUUUAAAGGCCUCCGAGUCAUUGUCAGGAUCGGCUCGGGUUUUGACAACGUCGACAUUAAAGCAGCUGCUGAGCUCGGUAUUGCGGUGUGUAACGUGCCGGCAGCCUCGGUGGAGGAGACGGCCGACACGUCACUAUGCCUGAUCCUCAACCUGUACAGGCGAGUCACCUGGAUGCACCAAGCUCUACGGGAGGGAACACGCGCCUCCAGCGUGGAGCAGAUCAGGGAGGUGGCUGGCGGUGCUGCUCGAAUCCGGGGCGAAACGCUCGGCAUCAUCGGUUUAGGGCGCGUCGGUCAAGCUGUGGCUCUGCGGGCCAAAGCCUUUGGAUUUAGCGUGAUCUUUUAUGACCCGUACCUGCCCGAUGGCGUGGAGCGCUCCCUGGGCCUGCAGCGGAUGGCCACGCUGCAGGACCUGCUCAUCCACUCUGACUGCGUAUCCCUGCACUGCAGCCUCAACGAGCACAACCACCACCUCAUCAACGACUUCACUAUCAAACAGAUGCGUCAGGGAGCGUUUCUGGUGAACACAUCAAGAGGCGGACUGGUUGAUGAGAAAGCACUGGCUCAGGCCCUGAAGGAGGGCCGGAUACGAGGGGCCGCCCUGGAUGUCCACGAGACCGAACCUUUCAGUUUUUCAACCGGGCCCCUGAAGGAUGCGCCUAACCUGAUCUGUACCCCUCACACAUCCUGGUACAGCGAGCAGGCCUCAGUUGAGGCUCGUGAAGAAGCAGCCAGAGAAGUGCGCCGCGCCAUUACUGGUCGUAUCCCGGACAGCCUGAAGAACUGUGUUAAUAAGGAGUACCUGAUGGCUGCCUCUCAGUGGCCCAGCAUGGAGGCAGCUACGGUUCAUCCAGAACUGAAUGGAGCCGCCUACAGAUUUCCUCCAGGUCUGAUCAACGUUGCAGCGGCAGCAGGGCUGCCGGGAACCGGCGCCGCUGUGGAGAGCCUGGUUCCAGGAACCCUGGCGCAUGGCAUCGCCCCCGUCUCCCACCCCCCUCAUGCCCCGUCCCCGGGGCAGCCCACCAAGGCUGAGGCCGACAGAGACAUCCCCUCCGACCAAUAGCCCCCCUCUGCCGGCACCAGCACAUUCCGUCAUCUCUGGAAACCAAACCCCACCACUACCACUCACCUCCUCCGGGUUCAGACGCCACCUGACCCGUCUGUGAACCGGAAGCACCAGUUUGACCCAUCGUGGAUCUGCAGUCCUUUUCUCUGAUCACACACAACCAGCCCAGGAGUGACCUAUUCACAGCUAGCCCCAUCCCACCCUCACCCCUCUCCCAUGCUCAUCUCACCCCCUCCACCUCCCCCCACUACGUCAGCAAUAACUGUGUUCUCAAGGAUUCAGUGAUUGGAUUGGUUUAGUUCCUUAGUUGGCUGUUGUUUUAAUGGAAAGUUGAUCUUUUUGUGGUUCUAGGUGUUUCUAUUUGUUCUGUUUCAAAAAGUCUAAGCUUUUCUGAUGUGAGGCUUUGGUCGUCUGCCUCACAGAGACAGAAGGCUGGAAGCUCCACUUUGUACAUUAACGGCUCGUGUUACUGCUCUCUUCUUCUUUUUUAUUUUAUUUUUGUUCCCUCUUCCUCUUUGCUCAUCUUAUGACUUGAGAAAGCGCGUACGGACGUAAACCUAACAGACUAACCCCCCCACCCCACCCCCCUCCAGCCCACUGGCCCUCCCAACACUGAUGUAAGCGUGCUCGGCAGAGGUGCAGUCAGUACAAAGUUUCUAACUGUGAAGUGUGCGAUGACCCACUCAGUUCAAAACCUGCUCGAGCAUCAAGUCAUUUUCAGAAUGAGCCCCCGUAUUUAUCAACGCUUACAGCUGUGCUUUUCUAGUUUGUAGUCAUCCGCUUUAGUCUUAACCUUGUCACCCCUCAGUUUUUAUCUCAUGAGGUAAAGCAUUUAAAGCCAACAGAGGGCGCUGUUUGUCCGUCUGCUCAGUAACGACAGGAAAAAAGAUAAAAAAAAAUUAAGUCUGCAGCUGUUUAACAGAUAAUCAACUUACCGCCGUAUAGUUUGAUGAGAUCUCACCACCCUGCACCCACACAUCCUCAUCCACCCCACCCCCCCUCUCAUGGCCCCCAUCAACACAUGAACCAGUGUGCUGUUCCUUCAGGUGUGAGGGGACAGUACGGGUUCGACUCCCUGUAGGAGCAAGCACACGGUGUCC